AUGUGGCAGGCUGAACAAUUUCAUACUUUUGCUACUCCUGGUUUAGCAGCUGUAUGUGCUUCUGAUUUCCAAUGUCAAGUCAACCCUCCUCCUGCUCCAGGAGAUUCUAAUUGUUGGUGUUGUAGUGGUCCAGUGCCGCAAACAUCAACAAUAGCAACUCCACCAGCAACUGGUAAGACAACUCAUGGGCCACCACCAACAAUCACAACUAAAUCUAAAAGGCUAUCAACAACAAUCCCAGCUAAAAAACCUAUGAACACACAUAAACCAUGCAAACAAGAUUCUGAUUGUCCUAAUGGCAAUACUCCCCCUGGUUCUGGUGUUGAACACUUUUUUAAUGGCGUAUGUGUUCUGUGUUAUGAUAGCUGCCUUUAUGCUUCUGUAUGUCAGACUUUUGCUUCUCCUAGUUUUGCAGCUGUAUGUACUUCUGAUGUUCAAUGUGAAGCCAACCCUCCUCCUCCAGGAGAUUCUAAUUGUUGGUGUUGUAGUGCUUAA